UCUUAUCAUGUAUAUGUAAAAAGAAAUGCAUCCAAGUGGCCAUUUCAAAUAAAGAUGACAUCUGCAAGCAGAUCAUUUCAACGAUAGGCCGUUCAAGCCGAAAAUUUUAUUAUUAUUAUUAUUUUUUAGAUAUUAGCCGAAAAUUUUAUUUGAUGGAACGAUGUCGUUUUACUCAUGCUCCACCAUCGUUCUUACCCCGCAGACUAACCAUGGGAAGGAGCGGAACAUGAACACCACAUCAAAGGCAGCGUCUGAUUGCUCAUCACUGCUUCCUCCAACCCCUAAUUUCCCUGAAUCGCAAUUUCUCAUUUCAUACAUAUUUAUUCAAUUCCAUUUUCUGAUAAAUUAUUUCUCAAUGUCUUCUUCUACAUUCAGCAACAACAGUAUUGCUAUCACCGUCUCAGAUGAGGAGUCUGAUGAACUUAGUCGGAUGCGGGCGCGAGUCCGUAGAAAGAGCAAGAAACAGCGGGGGCUCCGAGUUAAGAACAAGCUGUCUCAGCGUGUUCCAAGGUUUCUCUUGAAAUAUUGGAUGGUUUUGAUUUUCCUGCCCGCUGCUGGGUUACUCGUGUUCGAAGCAUCGAGCAUUGGUAAAAAACCGAGCUUGGAUUUGGGAUUGGAACGGGAUGGAAGCUACACAUCGGAUUUGAAAGUUAACCAGACAAUUGGUGAAUCAAACAAGAAUUUGGAUCGGCUUGAUCCACCACGUUGCUUGAAGCUACUACCUCCUGAAGAACUUCAACGUCUGGAAAUUCCUAUGCAUGAUGAAUCUAGUCCUGUUAAAAAUGUAUUAUACAUAUCAGAGAAAGAUGCACAACAUAGAGGAGGGAAUGGUAUCCUCUCUCAACGGCGCACAGAGGGUACACGAUUUAAUUUAUUUACUGGACACCAAACCGUUGGCCAAAGAGAUAAAAGUUUUAAGGUGAACGAAACGGCUGAAAUACAUUGUGGUUUUUAUAGUGAAAAUGGUGGGUUUAAGAUUUCUGAUGAGGACAAACUUUACAUGCAAACCUGCGAAGUUGUGGUGUCUACUUGUGCAUUUGGGGGUGGAGAUGACCUUUAUCAACCUAUUGGAGUGUUAGACACAUCACUUCAAAAGGUCUGCUUUCUUGCAUUUUGGGAUGAAAUUACUCUAGCAGCACAGGAAUUGAAGGGGCGAACAAUUGGUGAGGACCAUUUUAUUGGGAAAUGGCGGAUUGUGGUUGCAAGGGAUCUUCCUUUCAUGGACCAAAGUUUAAAUGGUAAAAUCCCAAAGAUGUUGGGACAUCGUCUCUUUCCUCAUGCCAAGUACUCUAUUUGGGUAGACUCAAAAUCCCAAGUUAGGAGAGACCCUGUUGGUGUUCUGGAAGCCCUUCUUUGGCGUUCAAAUUCUGUAUUAGCAAUUUCACAACAUGGAGCACGCAGCAAUGUGUACGAGGAGGCUACAGCUGUUGUAAAUAAACACAAAGCCACACCAGAAGAUGUUGAGGUGCAGUUGACUAGAUAUCGACAAGAUGGCUUGCCUGAAGACAAGAGAUUUAAUGGAAAGAAGGCUUUAAAUGAAGCUUCAGUCAUUGUGAGGGAGCAUACACCAUUGACUAAUCUGUUUAUGUGCCUCUGGUUUAACGAAGUGGUUCGCUUCACUUCAAGGGAUCAGUUGAGUUUCCCAUAUGUACUUUGGCGGUUGAAAUGGCUUAAGGACAUCAAUGUCUUCCCUGUUUGCAUCCGAAAAGAUCUGGUUAAUAGCAUGGGCCACAUACGCAAGGCUAAGCCAUUAAUGAGUUGAUGCUAUGGUACCUCAUUCACAAUUUGUUUGAAGUCAAAUGUAAGGGAGAAAUUGAUGAGAAGAGGAAUUUUUCCAUGGUUCCUCUUUUUUCUGUUUUCUUGAUCAGCUCCUUGCAUUGUUAUGGUCAUCAUGAUGUAGAUAGAUGGCUAGAGUCUAGAGAUCUUGUAUUUUUAACUUCGAAUUCCAAUUAUUAGAAAAAUGAAUGAAUCGAUUUACCUGUAUUUGGUUCUGUA